AAAUUGAAGGGAAUUGCGAAGGGUGCACAAGGAAAAAGGUAAAGGAGAAAGAAAAAUGAAAAACUUGAUAGUAUUCGGAACAUUCCGCCGGAAGAAUAGCGGCUGACGGCAGGGUUCCGCAGCGGCAGAGGGUUGUUGGUUUGCAGAGUGAACAAACAUCCAAACCCAAAAGCAUUUUUUAAAAAUCACUGUGCAUUGUAUUGAUAGGAUGCUGAAUGGAAGGUAUGUCAUCCCAAAAUUCCCUCGUUUUCUCAUACUCAUUUCUUUCCCUUUUUCUCCACACGUGAGGCUCUUUGGUUUUUUGCAACGCCGAUUUCCCCCAAAUUUUGAUAAUGUAGAUGACGCCGUUGCUUCCUUCAAUCGCAUGGUUCGCGCGCGCCCUCCCCCACCCAUUUUUGAAUUUGACAAGGUUUUGGGAGCCAUUGUCAAAAUGGGACACUUUCCCACUGCUAUUUCACUCUUUAGGCUACUUCACUUUAGAGGAAUCACCCCUUCCAUUGCUACCUUAAGCAUCUUGAUCAAUUGUUAUUGCCAUAAGGGUCACGUUUCUUUUGCCUUUUCUCUUUUGGGAACUAUUCUCAAGAUGGGUUAUCAACCCAAUAUGGUAACUUUCAAUACUCUUAUCAAUGGUUUAUGUAUCAAUGGUAUGAUCUCUAAAGCUCUCACCUUUAAUCAUGAACUAAUGGAAAAAGGGUAUCUUUUGGAUGAGUUUACAUAUGGGAUUUUGAUUAAUGGGUUGUGUAAAAGUGGACAAACAAGGGCUGCACUUCAGUUGCUACAUAAGAUGGAGAAAGAUUUGGUUAGGCCUAAUCUAGUGAUGUAUAGUACGGUUCUUGAUGGUCUUUGUAAAGAUAGACUUGUUGCUGUUGCGCUUGGUUUGUUUUCUCAGAUCACUGCCAGGGGAAUUUUGGUUGAUGUUGUCACCUACAAUUCUCUGAUCUGUGGUUGUUGUAGUGUGGGUCAAUGGCAUGAGGCAACUCGAUUGCUGACUAUGAUGGCGUGGCAAAACAUUAAUCCUGAUGUUUAUACCUUUAGUAUAUUGGUUGAAGCGUUAUGUAAAGAAGGAAGGAUUAUAGAAGCUCAAGGUUUCUUUGCUACGAUGAUGAAAAGGGGGGAUAAACCUAAUGUUGUUACUUACAAUGCGUUGAUGGAAGGGUAUUGUUUAAGCGAUAAUGUUAGUGAGGCAAAAGAAUUACUCAACAAGAUGGUCAAAAGAGGCUUGGAGCCUGAUGUCUUAAAUUAUAAUGUCUUGAUUAAUGGUUAUUGCAAGAUUGACAUGAUAGAUGAAGCCAUGAUUCUUUUUGAAGAGAUACUUCGUAAAAAUUUAGUACCUUCCAUUGCUACUUAUAAUUCUCUUAUUGAUGGCUUAUGCAAAUUAGGGAGAAUAUCACAUGUGCAGGAGCUUAUUGAUGAAAUGCAUGAGAGAGGUCAACCCCCUGAUGUAGUCACUUGCAAUAUUUUGUUAAAUGCGUUAUGUAAAGAACGAAGGAUUAUAGAAGCUCUAGGUUUGUUUGCUACGAUGAUGAAAAGGGGGGAUAAACCUGAUGUUGUUACUUAUAGUGCGUUGAUGGAAGGGUAUUGUUUAAGCGAUAAUGUUAGUGAGGCAAAAGAAUUACUCAACAAGAUGGUCAAAAGAGGCUUGGAGCCUGAUGUCUUAAAUUAUAAUGUCUUGAUUAAUGGUUACUGCAACAUUGACAUGGUAGAUGAAGCCAUGAUUCUUUUUGAAGAGAUACCUCGUAAAAAUUUAGUACCUUCCAUUGCUACUUAUAAUUCUCUUAUUGAUGGCUUAUGCAAAUUAGGGAGAAUAUCACAUGUCCAGGAGCUUAUUGAUGAAAUGCAUGAGAGAGGUCAACCCCCUGAUGUAGUCACUUGCAAUAUUUUGUUAGAUGCUUUUUUCAAAACCCAACAUUUUGACGAGGCAAUCUCAUUAUUUCAACAAAUUGUCCAAAGAAUUUGGUCUGACUUUUACAUGUACGAUGCCUGCAAAGGUGAAAAAUUAAAGAUUGCAGAAAAAGCUCUUCAACAUCUUUUGAUACAUGGCUGUUGUCCAAAUGUCCAAACAUAUACCAUUAUGAUCAAUGCACUUUGUAAAGAUGGCUCUUUUGAUGAAGCUAUAGCCUUGCUUUCAAAAAUGGAUGACAAUGAUUGCCCCCCAGAUGCCGUAACUUUUGAAACAAUUAUUGGUGCUCUCCUUGAAAGAAAUGAGACCGAUAAAGCAGAGAAUCUUCGGCAAGAAAUGAUUGCAAGAGGUCUAGUAAAUGUGAAACAAGAUUGCUUGAUUUCUCAUCCUUGGAGCUCGUGGAGAUUCAGUGCAUAGCCUUGUGGUUGUGGACUCUGUCAGAGAUAUGUGAGUAGGGUGUAUAUGGGUUCAACAUACUUGUCACAUUGAUUGAUGGAGAGUGAUAUCGUGAUAGAACCAAAUGUUAAACUGAAUAUGAAAGAAUGUUUCUUUAUUACUGAACCUAAUUCCCAAUGCUACACCAAGGUGGUACAGAUUAGGAAUAGGAAGAAUUGUUACAAGAUUCCAAUAACCUGAGGUAAUUCGAGAUACCUUACUCUCCAGACUAGCCUAUUCUAUUCCAACUAAAAAACUGAACUCCUAACCAUAGGUGUUCUUUAAUUUGGAAAAGGCAUACAAUAGGGUGCCAAGAAAGGUAUUGUGAAAGGCCGUAGAGAAGGUACACACUGCCUAUAUUCGACCAGUCAAGGUUGCAACUAGCUUGAGAACAUAAAAGAAGGGUCCCUACAGAUUUUCAUAUAACUAUAGGAAUAUAUCAAAGGCCAAUUGUGAGCCCCAAUCUUUUUUACCUUGGUCAUGGACGUGUGCUUACUAAGCAACUCCAAAAGCCAGUGUCACGAUAUAUGCUGCAUGGGCUGUUUGGUGAAAACUAGUGGAACUGAAUUAGGAUCAUAGAUCAGAUGGAGGGUAGUACUAUCACUAGAGAUUGAAGGAGGCCCAAAAAACUACCGGAACAACCAUGAAGAAAAGAAUUUAGAACUCAAUGGUUUGUCUAUGAACAUGAUUCACAAUAGAACAUUAUGGCAAUCAUAUGAUUCAUAUAACUAAUCCUAUGUAAUAGGUUAAGGCCUGGUUGUCGUUUAUCUGUCUUUCUAAUGUUAAGACAACCAGGAAUAAAAUUAUAGUAGACCAUGGAAAAGUUGAGAACUAGACAAUAAAUUUGAUUCAUC